GUGACAGAGGUGUUUGUCUCUCUCUGUGUCCUUACACACUCUCCCACUCUCCCCCUCUCUCUCACACAGAUGGAGGGAGAGCGCAGUAGCCCACAGGAGAGUGAAGUAUGCAAAUAAACAGCACAAUAACCCCUCCACCACCACCACCACCAACAGUGUUCCUCUGAAGCACGUCAGAGGCAGCGGGCUAUGAAUCGAGGUGCACAGCGGGGUGAGGAAAACAUUUCUUGGGGACACAGCAAGGGGACAGUGCCGGUCUCCUGGCUCGGGACUGACACUCCCACACACAUACACACACACCUCCCGGAGAGCUUCACAUCCACAGCGCGCUGCAGGGGAAACCAUCAGGUAUUGUAUGCAGACUUUAUCCACUUCUCUACUCACUUCAUCGCGCGCUCUGGGAAAAAAAAACACAGUGUGAGCGGGACUCGGGGAUUCAACUUCGGUGGUGGAGUCAAGAGGCACGUGUUUGUUUUUGAAGUGGAAAAAGUGAGUUCAAAGCAGCACCACAGGAGAGUUUUGUCUUUACACAGGCGACUGUUUGCGUGGGACAGUGUAUGCAUAUUUAAUCGACGAGUGGGCAGCAGUAAUUCAGAGCACUGGCUCACCAAGUGGGCAAGUAAAAGCGGGAGGAUGAGAGAGAGGGAGAAAGAAAGGAAGGAGAGGGCUUUUUUGGUGACAAGUUUGCUUUUGAUCAGGAUGUGCUCGUCCCUCGCUGUUGUGCUUCUAGAGGCCUGGAAGAAGUUCUAAAUGGUUAUUGUUAGAUGUGCGUUUGUAGUGUGAAGUAUGUGGGAUGGAGAGGGUAGAUGAUGGAAUCAAUUAGGCAGAGGCUGCUACUUAUCUGAAAGUGUAGGCCAUAAUUAUUGAACCAUAGGAAACAGUGGGAGUUUUUCCCACAUUUAAUUACGCCGUGUUUAGCCGGGCUGUGUUGACACUGUUGUAGCCUUCCUCUCUCACUGUAAAUCCUUCAGCAGUCAGUGUGGCAGACAGGGACGGAGCAGGCGCUCAUAUACAAAGCCAGCACGUUUCACUCUGUCUGCAGCAGCCGAGCGGUGCUGAGCACCACCUCCAGCAUUACCACCACCACCUCCAGCAGCAGCAGCAGCAGCAGCAGCAGAUCGGGGGAGGAGGGUUCUGGAGCACAGUUGGGAGGACCGACGACGCAUAUCAACAGCGCCAGGCUCGAGACCAGUCAAUAACAAAACGGGUCCACCGGCCGGUCGCUUGGUCGCCGGUUGCUCGGGGGGGAGAGAGGAGAAGAGAGGAGGAACAGUCGAGGCUGUUGAAUGAGCGGAGCGGAAGGCGCUGUCCGAGGUGCUGAAAAAGCCUCUGACAGAGAACCGUCGCUGUCCCUUUUCCAGUCCAGACGAUACGCAUGAACUGACGCGAAUGCCGAGCAGCACAACACAGCAGCAGCAGCAGCAGCAGCAGCACCCCCGGACAGAGUAAAUGGGACCGCACGUCGUCCGAGCGUUAGAAACAUGGAGAGAUUUUUGCUGCUCGUCCUCAGCUGUCUCGGCAUCUCUCGAGUCACAGCGGAUAGCUUGUCGCCUCCUGUCAAUGUGACCAUCAAAGCGCUGAAAGCAAACUCUGCUGUGGUGACAUGGGACAUCCCCGAGGGAGACUCAGUCAUUGGCUUUGCCAUCACACAGCAGAAGAAAGACGUGCGCAUGCUGCGAUUCAUCCAGGAAGUCAACACCACCACACGCUCCUGUGCAUUAUGGGACUUGGAGGAAGAGACAGACUACAUUGUGCAUGUCCAGUCCAUCAGCAUGACAGGGACGAGCCCGCUGAGCGAACCGCUGCGCUUCCGAACUCCAAAGGAGGCCGAGACUCAGGCCUCUAAGAGUAAAGACGAAGUGACGAUGGAGGAAGUGGGCCAGACCACCCAGCUGAGGGCAGGGGAGCUCAUCAUCAUCGUGGUGGUACUUAUCAUGUGGGCAGGUGUGAUCGCUCUCUUCUGUCGCCAGUAUGACAUAAUCAAAGACAACGAGCCCAACAACAACAAGGAUAAAGCCAAAAACUCCUCAGAGUGCAGCACUCCUGAGCACCCAACGGGGGGGCUGUUGCGCAGUAAGUUCCCCAAGAACAACAACAACAACAAUAGGAUGCCAUCUGUCAACAUCAUCGAGGUGUGACUGCCAGGACGUCUUCUUUUUAUCCAAAAGACUUUGUGUUCUUGCAAACAAAGCCAGGCCCCCUUUUAAAGCCCAUCUGCUUUUGUCAGGAUGAGGCUGGGACUCUGGGCCCCUCAGCAGUGCCCACUACUCUCCUUUGGCAUAGGGCACUGGCGCUGAAGCGGAGACUCCAGCGGUCAGACGCGGCCUUGACCAGGGCCGGUCUGAGAGCAGAGCCAGCAGCAGAGAGACUGUGGUGGGAGUUGAGCGGCCGCAUCGUGCUCAGUGACUACUGUACCAUGGGGGAGGGGGCCAAAUGGCUCCGGUGGUGGAGAGACUGCAGAUAAAACAACCCCAGGGACCAAAGCCGAUAAACAGAGCCAGAGACCUUUUCAUUCUCUCUCUCUCUCUCUUUCUCUCUCUCUCUCUCUCUCUCUCUCUCUCUCUCUCUCUCUCUCCCUCUCCCCCACAGUCACCUCUUUUUUUCCUCCAUCUUUCAGUGACCACAAACCUGGACAUUUUCCAUCUCUGGGAAGCACUGAGAUGCAUCCACUUUGUCCAAAUCAUCCCCUGUACCUUAAUCUCAUCUUCCUUAUUUUCCUCAUAACAUCCUGUUUUCUACUCUUUCUUAAUCGAAGGGAAAUACUGUAGAUGAUUCAGCUGUAACACUUUACUUCUCUAAUUUUUAACAUGGUGCCACCAGAACAGUCCUGUUGUUCUGGUACUGUUAUUUUUUUUUUUUCUUUUCUUUUUUUCUCCCUAACUGAAACUCUUUGCCGUCCUGCGGGAAAUGUUUUCAUUCUGGCGAGCUCGUUUUCCCCCCUCAGGGAAUCCAGACUCCACCUGGCCAAUUUCGGAGCCAAUACUUGGAUGUGCUGCAAUGACGCCAGAGCAGCUUUAGAGGGAUCGCGCGGCUCACCACCAGAGCUGAGUCACCCGGAAAAAAGACGGAACUCAUUAACUCAUACUGAAAGAACGUCUCUGAUCUGAAUGCAGUGAAGUCCAUAACAUUCAGUCACAUUUCCUUUUUUUUUGACUUUCUCUUAACUUAUUUCACGCUUUUAUUCUGAAAUGUUACAUUCCAUGUCCAGGAUGAGCCCUUUAGUAUUUUUCCUUGUGUCUUUUCUCUUUGAGGGUGAUGAAUUUCAAAGCAUUUCUGGGGAGGAAAAGGAACCGCCAUAAUGGAGUGCAUUCAUCUAAUUAAUGAACUUUAAAAAAGGGGCUGGACUCUAUGGACAUCCACAGAGAAGUGGACUGAAGAGAUCCCUUAAAUCAGCAAUAACAGCCCUCAGUGGAGCACUGAAGUGAGGACUCAAACUGUGUAGCCUCUUCGCCCGAAACUCAACCUCCCAGCAUGCAACGUUCAGACAGAUGAACAAACUUAUUACGAGGGUAUUCACACUGAGCCUUGUUUGCAGGUGAUUCCUCUCCUUAACAUUCACAGAGAAGUCUUUCAGCGCUGUUGUAAAAACUUUGGUUUCCUGAUGGCGAGCAUGGGAAAAAAAAAAAAAAACUUUUUACAGGCCCAAUCUUCAACCCUAAGACUUCUUUAUGACAUCCUGAACAGAUGUCACCAAGACAGAAGGGCUUCUAUCGAGACUUUUUUUUUUCUCAAUUCAAAGUCAAUAUUUGUGUUGAACUCCAUGUUGAAGAGGCUAAGCAUAAUGAUAAGGGAUCUACUGUAGCCAUACGGUACUGUGCUCUGUAUACUGUGAGGGAACUAGACAGCAAAUGGUGUAUCUGAGGGCUGAUUCAAACUCAGUAGUACUGCCUUAAAAAUAAUUAUAUCUUAUGAUUUAGCUAGUAAGAUGGAAGGCCUCACAUCUUACAUAUGCGUCAUAUGCUUUACCUUUCAUAUAAUAUUUAAAUGUGCAAGUAAAAGGAAACAUUACAGAUAGACCGAGCUGAGACCAGUCGGAAAUUGUGGAGGAAACGUUUGACAUUUAAUGUGUACAUACAUUUUAUAUUUCACUCUUGUUUGGUGGUGUCAGUCUAGAGAGCCUUUUAUGAAAUAUGACAAGAUGAACAUGGGAAUUGUAUAGACUCAUAACGUAAGAGCUGAACAGAGGUGAAAAUGUGUUAGAUUUUUUUUCUUUGUUAAUACACAGCUGUAAAAGUCCUGUUAUUAAUGAGCUUUUUCAUAGCACUCCUCUACUGUCAUGUAUUUCUAUUACAUUAUGUCAUUGUGUUGUUAAUGUGCAGUAAGAAAAGACUCUUUUUGAUGAGGACAGUGAUUUGGAAAAAACAAAGUGGUGGAUAUUUUAAAUAGUCAUCCAAACAUAAUGGUAAAGAGCCAUUCACCUGCUGGGAAUCUCUAUUGACAAGGCUGAGCGGUAAACACUCUUGUUCCGCAUGGACUCCAUCCCAUUUCGCAACGCACCAGCAAGUCAUUUAUUGUAAACACAGACAAAUACAUGUGUGCAAACACACAUAACAGGUCAGAGCUCCCAUAGAGUUGAGUGUAGUGGAGAGAGAGAGAGGUGGUUAAGAGAGAGUACCGAAGGUUAUGAUUGGGUAGAGUGGGUAGAAUGAUGACUAAUGCAAUGGCUUUUAUCAUUCCCUCCCUCCCUCUCUCUCUCUCGUCUUCCACUCUUAAUAAGAAAGGAAAAGCUCAGGAUUGUGCUCCCCCAACAAGCACUGAUUCAUGUCAGCGGCAAGAGUGGGUUUUAAGUUUUUUUGUUUUGUUUUUUUUUAAAAGUUAAGUCCCAGACAAGGGAACAGGGAGAAGGAGAGAGGCCUCCCUGACUGAUUAACCCAGACAUUUAAGCUGUUGCCAGGACAAACUUGGUGAAGCCUCCAAACGGUGUUCUGCUGCAUUACCCAGAGUGAUCAGCACUUCACCCAAAACUUCUGCGGCUGAGGGCCGAAUCCAUUUUUCCCCAGGCACACUGCGCCGGUAGCAAGCUCUACAAUCGAUAGGCAUCCAUCCACGCAGUAAUAGAUAAUGAUGAUUGUCUCAGGAUGAUUUCUUUGAACUAGGGGCCAUGCCUUAGGUUUGCCAGCAAUAUAUUUCUCUGCAGGCACUCUUUAUUUACCUUCCUCCUCCCCCUCGCUUAAAUGAGUACAACUUCAGCUAGCAACACGUUUACUUUUAAAGCUGUCACAGAUUUGACUGAAUAAAGUGAGUGUAUCAUCAUCUUCA